CAUAGAACACGAUAACCCUAAUCUAUCGCCUUCGUCCUCCCUGUCUUCGUCGGCGCCGAUCGUGAAGAAACGGACACUGUAACGGAUCUGUUGCUUGCGCAUCGUAAUUACUUCGAGCGUCUUAAAUUCAUGCCUCUAAUGCGGUCUCUUCGGUUGCGUUGAUCAUAGGUUGGUUUGUGCUAUAAAGGGUCUGUAUCCCUCUCUUUUGUUUUUUCUUCUCUACCUCUUAAUCUCGCUGAUACCUAUCAUCGCUAAUUCACAAUCUUUAUCCUCUUCCCUGCUAAUGGCUAUGACGAAGGUUUUCUUCUCGGAUUUGAAAUCCGGCCGGUGCUCCGCCGUCGUUGAGGCGCGACUGCUCCGGUUCUGGGAAGCAAGAAACGUGAAACGUGGUGGCGAGCUCAUGUGGGCUGACCUUCUUUUGGUGGACGUCAAUGGCACUAUCAUGCAGGCAAGCAUAAGCUCUAAUCGUCUCCCACGAUACCAGGAACAACUCAUUGCCGGGACAAUGUUUUCGAUAUCCGGUUUUGACGUCGCUUGGUGUGCGCAGAACUUCCGGCUUACGGAUUCUUCUCUCCUCAUCCGGUUCAGCGAAACAACCUCCUUUAAGGAGUUGUCUGACCCAGUUUCACCUUUACCCACUGAAGGUUUCCGGUUCCGUAACCAGUCGGAGUUGCAUGGGCUGGCAAACACGAACAGUCACUUACCAGACAUCAUAGGGGAGAUCCUUGGGGUGAGGAGUACCGUAACUGAUCCUCCUGAAGCAAAGAAUCGUGUGAUGGUGACAAUCAGGCUGGACAGUGAUGACACUGUCACCCUAAGCCUAAUUGACUCUCAGGCUGUUGCUCUCCAUAUGCAACUAGAGUCAAUGCGUGUUGAUCCGAAGGUCAACCCGAAACUGGUUGGAGGUAGAGAUACAAAUCAACAAUGGCUCUUAUUUUAGUGAUCAGCCCCUUUGCACUCAAGCACCGUUUAGUUUUGUGAAACCUACUCUGAUUCAUGGAUAACAAAAUACCUAGAAGAGUUCCAUGUUCUGGUUCCAGUGAGUCCCACACCAAACGUUCACGAUGCCUCGAGAGUCUCGAGUUCCGGUGAUCAUCCAGACAAUGACCCGCAUUCAUCUAGACAAGCCCGAAUGCUCAUUCGAUCUACAAAGUCACCACAACCAACCUCGGUAGGGUGUAAAGAUUGCAACUGCGUGCCAAAGAAAUCAGAUUUAUCAUAUGCAAUGUGGUUUACCAGUUGGAGAGUGGAAGACUAUCGACACUUUUAAAGUUUUGGCUGUUUUUGGACAAUAUCAACCAAUUGCGCAUCAAUACAAGUUGAUUUUUAUAGUUUUAUUUCUCUAUUAAAUCAAUUUCGAAAUUAUUUAUAGUUUUAUUAAUUGCUGUCUUUUCAGUUUAAUAAAUACAUUUUCUAAUUCUAAAUUUAACACAUUUAAUGAUAAUAAAAAUCGCAUAUGGUAUGGUAGAAAAAUUAUUGUGCCAUCACUAUCUUUUAAUAUUCGAACCAAACCAAUUUUUAUAUUAAGUUUAAGUUUUUGGCAUACAUUAUUCAAUUUUUUAUAUAUAUAUUUUACUUUAUAUUUUAAUAAUUUUAAUUUUUUAAACAAUUUAAAUGAGUUAUCUGAAUCAGAACAUGAACCGAAAUUAUAAAUACCCGAAUAAAGCUAAGACCUUUUACCCUGAAAACCUAAAACCCAAAGAGACCUGAAUCAAACCCGAAUGGACAUCCGAACUCCCAUCCCUACUACGAGAUAUAGAAACAUAAUCACCUUAUUUAUUUUCGAAAAAAUAUUCUCCAUUGACUUUCUCAUCAGUCUACAGUAAUUAUAAAACUAAUUGUCAAAAUCCAAUCUGAAAAUUAUUGAAC